AUGUAUCUGAAGUGGAACCAGCUGCAUGACCAUGGACUUUUCUUCAGCCUGUUAGUCUCUGCCUACUUGUGCACAGACACAGCCCCGCUGGGACUCUACUUCUCCAGGGACGCUUACUGGGAGAAGCUGUACGUAGACCAACCGGCCGGGACGCCCCUGCUCUACGUCCAUGCCCUGCGCGACGCCCCAGAUGAGGUGCCCAGCUUCCGCCUCGGCCAGCACCUCUACGGCGCCUACCGCAAACGGCUGCACGAGAACGACUGGAUUCGCAUCCAGGAGGACACGGGCCUUCUCUACCUGAACUGGAGCCUGAACCACAGCUCCUGGGAGAAGCUCAACAUACGCAAUGGCGGCUUCCCCCAGCUCACCGUCUACCUCCAGGUCUUCCUGUUGCCCACGCCCCUGCGUGAGGGCGAAUGCCAGUGGCCAGGCUGUGCCCGCAUCUACUUUUCCUUCAUCAACGCCUCCUUCCCGGCGUGUGGCUCCCUCAAACCCCGGGAGCUCUGCUUCCCCGACAGGGAGCCCUCCUUUCGAAUUCGGGAGAACCGGCCUCCGGGCACCUUUCACCAGUUUCGCCAGCUGGCAGUGCAGUUCCUCUGCCCCAACAUCAGCAUGGCCUACAGGCUCCUGGGAGGUGAGUGCGGGCCUCACGGCCGUUCCUCGGUGCCUGCUGGUGGGCCAGGCACCGUGCUAAGGGCUAAGGAGGUGACAAACCUGCAGAAGCCCAGCCUGGGGCUUCCGUUCCUGUGGAGGAUGGAGAGCACCCGUGGCACUGUGGUGUCCACCCUGCACGUCUUCGAUCCGGAUGUGGUGCCAGCAUCCGGGGAGCUCCUGAGGCGGUACACAAGCACGCUGCUCCCCGGAGAUGCCUGGGCCCUCCAGACCUUCCGUGUGGAGCACUCACCCAACGAGACCUUGGUCCAGGCCGACGGCAGCUUCAUUCGGGCAACGGUGCAUGACUACAGGCUGGUCCUCAACCGCAGCCUCCCCAUCUCGGAGAGCCGCACCCUGCAGCUGGCUGUGCUGGUCAAUGACUCCAGCUUCCAGGGCCCUGGGGAGGGCACCCUCCUCCUCCACUUCAACGUGACGGUGCUGCCGGUCAGCCUGCGCCUGCCCAGCGCUACUCCUACAUACUAUAGCAAGCGGGCCCGCCUCUUCGCCUAGGUUGGGAAAGUCUCUGUGGAGAACGGCCAGGAGUUCACGGGCAUCCACCUGCGGUACGAGCUGCAGCUCUCCAGCGCCAACUGCAGCGCCUUGGGAGUGGUCACCUCGGCCGAGGACACCUCGGGGACCCUGUUCGUGAAUGACACGGAGGCCCUGCGGCGGCCCGAGUGUACCCAGCUCCAGUACACGGUGGUGGCCACCGACCAGCCAACCGGCAACCAGGCCCGGGGCCCACUGCUCAUCACCAUGGAGGGGACGUACGUGGCUGAGGAGCCAGGCUGCCCCCUGUCCUGCGCCGUCAGCAAGAGGCGGCCCGAGUGUGAGGAGUGCGGUGGCCUGGGCUCUCUGACAGGCAGGUGCGAGUGGAGACAGGGAGACGGCAAAGGGAUCUCCAGGAACUUCUCCACCUGCUCCCCCAGCAUCAAGACCUGCCCCGACAGCCACUGUGAUGCCGUGGAGAGCAGCAAUCCCCACAUCUGCCCCCAGGACUGCCUCCGGGGCAGCAUCAUUGGGGGGCAUGAGCCAGGGGAGCGCUGGGGGAUUAAAGCCGGCUUUGGGACCUGCAGCUGCUUCCCCGAGGAGAGGAAGUGCUUCUGUGAGCCGGAGGACAGCCAGGACCCGCUGUGCGACGAGCUGUGCCGCACGGUGAUCGCGGCGGCCGUGCUCUUCUCCUUCAUCAUCUCCGUGCUGCUGUCCACCUUCUGCAUCCACCGCUACCACAAGAACGCCCACAAGGCGCCCAUCGCCUCGGCCGAGAUGACUGUCCACCGGCCGGCCCAGGCCUUCCCCAUCAGCUACUCCUCCUCCAGUGCCCGGCGGCCCUCGCUGGACUCCAUGGAGAACCAGGUCUCUGUGGACGCCUUCAAGAUCCCGGAGGACCCAAAGUGGGAGUUCCCACGGAAGAAUUUGGUUCUUGGAAAAACUCUGGGAGAAGGCGAGUUUGGAAAAGUGGUCGAGGCAACAGCCUUCCGGCUGAAAGGCAAAGCUGGGUACACGACUGUGGCCGUGAAGAUGCUGAAAGAGAACGCCUCCCCAAAUGAGCUGCGGGACCUACUGUCAGAAUUCAACCUCCUGAAGCAGGUCAACCACCCCAAUGUCAUCAAGCUGUAUGGGGCCUGCAGCCAGGACGGGCCGCUUCUCCUCAUCGUGGAAUAUGCCAAGUACGGCUCCCUUCGGGGCUUCCUGCGAGAGAGCCGCAAGGUGGGGCCCGGCUACGUUGGCAGCAGAGGCAGCCGCAACUCCAGCUACCUGGACAACCCGGACGAGCGGGCCCUGACCAUGGGUGACCUCAUCUCCUUCGCCUGGCAGAUCUCACGGGGGAUGCGAUACCUGGCCGAGAUGAAGCUCGUCCAUCGGGACUUAGCAGCCAGAAACGUCCUUGUAGCCGAGGGGCGGAAGAUGAAGAUUUCGGACUUUGGUCUGUCCCGGGAUGUGUAUGAAGAGGAUUCCUAUGUGAAGAGGAGCAAGGGCCGGAUUCCAGUCAAAUGGAUGGCAAUUGAGUCCCUGUUUGAUCAUAUCUACACCACCCAGAGUGAUGUGUGGUCCUUUGGUGUCCUGCUGUGGGAGAUUGUGACCCUGGGGGGCAACCCCUACCCUGGGAUUCCUCCUGAGCGGCUCUUCAACCUUCUGAAGACGGGCUACCGGAUGGAGAGGCCUGACAACUGCAGCGAGGAGAUGUACAGCCUGAUGCUGCAGUGCUGGAAGCAGGAGCCAGACAAGAGGCCAGUGUUUGCCGACAUCAGCAAAGACCUGGAGAAGAUGAUGGUUAAGAGAAGGGACUACUUGGAUCUGGCCGCGUCCACCCCGUCCGACUCCCUGCUUUACGAUGACGGCCUCUCGGAAGAGGAGAUGCCCCUGGUGGACUGUAAUAAUGCUCCCCUCCCUCGAACCCUCCCCUCCACGUGGAUUGAAAACAAACUCUAUGGUAGAAUUUCACAUGCAUUUACUAGAUUCUAGCGACUCUGUUCCUCUCUGCACUAUCCUUACUCUCUGGAAUGCUUUUUAAAGAGUCUCUCUGGUCUGAAUGAAACCAAAGUCCACUCUGAACCUUUUUAUUUGUAAUGUCUGAGUUUGCAUCCGUUGACAUUCAGGCAUUUUUGCAACUAUGUUUUUUUAAAGGAUGUGAAAAUAAGUGUAAUUACUAUUCUGCCCAGCAAUUUAAGAUGAUAAAGAAAGAGCGCAGGGCAGAACACUCAGGGGACGUUGAGACUAUGAGGAAUAAGUCAUUUCUGGGGUGGGCAUCAAGUCACAGUACUUGUAAUUUAACUACUGGAACACACUUACCCAAACUGGGGAGGUGUUUGAGAAAGGAGGAGCCAGCAGCACGCGCCUGCACGGAGCGCAGCCAGUGGCCCCAGACCCUGUCUGGGUGGGCGGGGUGCCCAGCCACAGGCCAGCACCGGGGAGGGCACACGCAGGCAGCUGUUUUCACAUCCUUUGCGUUACCCACUGUCAUGACGGCUGUCACUUAUGAAGUCAGCGCUGAAAGCUAGAGCAGAUGCUUCUGGAAGAACGUAGUCUGUGGUGCUGUGGUCUCGCAAUGGACAGUAAAUACGGUUCUUGCCAAAACUCCUUCUUUUGUCUUCAAUUAAAUACUUGAAAUUUU